AUAUCAUCUAGUUGUUAGUGCAUGCCCACUCGCACGGGUCUACCCUAUCGAUUAGGAGAGUCAAGUGGAUCAAUUAGUGAGUCCAGCAUGUCAGGCAGUGCAAAUCCCGAAUUCUCCGAACUACUUAAGCAAAUCGCUGAGUUAAACGGACAAGUAGGUAACUUAGCCCAAGAGAGUAGAGCUACCAAUGAAAGGCUUACUAGGCUCGAAAGAGCGCAUGUUGCAACCCCACCUCCUCAAGGCCAAGGUCAUGGGCACAUCGUUCAUCGAGCCCCACCUCAACCUGUGCAUGAUCCACCAAUCUUUGGUGGUGAGUUCGAAAUAUCAAGGUACGUUAGAGGUGAGUUACCAACUUUAACUUUGCAAGAAUUGACUGAUGAGAUAAGAAAGAAAUGCCUCGUGCCUAUAACUGAACAAAAAUUUAUUCGUGAGGAAACCGUUAACAAGCCCGUAGGUUUAAUAGAAUCUAACUCUGAUAAGGAAUUCCAGCAUACUAAAAUUGAUAAAUCAUGCACUUCUGUUCCUUCUGAAACAACUCUGAUUAUUCCUCAAGCUACCCCUCUGAUCACGAAGUUCACUAAUGUUAUCCCUGAAAUUGUUUCUGAAAUUGAAACGCAACGCCUCCUGAACUCCCUCUCGUGAUUGAAAACGUUGUUGAUGUUCCCCACAAAGUCCUCCCGGACAAACAUGAUACCCAACACGUUCCUGAUGAUAUCUGUAUGGAAGUUGAAUAUCAAACUGAGUCUAGUGAAAUAACUAC